GGCCCCCUCAGCCGGGCUGUCCGCGCGGUGCCUGCAGGCUGCGGCGGGGGGCCGGCCGGGUGUGAGGGAGCCGGGGCGAUGCUGGAAGAGGCGGGCGAGGUGCUGGAGUCGGUGCUGAAGGCCUCGUGCCUGCCGCUCAGCUUCCUGCUCUUCGUGCCGGCCGUGCUGCUGCUGCUGGGGCCGCCGCCCGCCGCCGAGGCCGCCCACGAGUUCACGGUCUAUCGCAUGCAGCAGUACGAGCUGGGCGGGCAGCCCUACGGCACCAGGAAUGCAGUGUUAAACACAGAGGCCCGCACUGUAGAGGCGGACGUGUUGAGCCGCCGCUGCGUGAUGAUGCGGCUAGUGGAUUUCUCGUAUGAGCAGUACCAGAAGGCUCUCCGCCAGUCAGCUGGGGCCGUGGUGAUCAUCUUGCCCAAGGCCAUGUCAGCGCUGCCGCAGGAUGUUGUCAGGCAAUUCAUGGAGAUAGAGCCAGAAAUGCUGGCCAUGGAAACCAUUGUGCCGGUCUAUUUUGCAGUAGAGGAUGAAGAGCUGCUCUCCAUCUAUGAACAAACACAAGUUGCUUCUACAUCACAAGGUUCAGCUUCAGCUGCUGAAGUUCUGCUGCACACGGCGACUGCCAACGGCUUCCAGAUGGUUACGAGUGGGGCUCAGAGCAAAGCUGUCAGUGACUGGCUCAUAACCAGCCUGGAGGGGAGGCUGACUGGUCUGGGAGGAGAGGACUUGCCCACCAUUGUAAUAGUUGCCCAUUAUGAUUCUUUCGGAGUGGCCCCAUGGCUGUCUCAUGGUGCAGACUCCAACGGCAGUGGCAUCUCUGGGCUACUGGAGCUAGCCAGGCUCUUUUCUCGACUCUACACCUACAAACGUACCCAUGCUGGGUAUAAUCUGUUGUUCUUUGCAUCUGGAGGCGGUAAAUUUAACUAUCAAGGAACCAAGAGGUGGUUGGAAGACAACUUGGAUCACACAGAUUCCAGUUUGCUGCAGGAUAACGUGGCAUUUGUUCUGUGCCUUGACACCCUGGGCAGAGGGAACAGUCUUCACCUCCACGUCUCAAAACCUCCAAAGGAGGGGACCCUGCAGCAUGCUUUUCUAAGGGAGUUGGAGAUGGUGGUCGCGAGCCAGUUUCCAGAAGUGAAAUUCUCCAUGGUGCACAAGAAGAUUAACCUGGCUGAGGACAUGCUGGCAUGGGAGCAUGAGCGCUUUGCGAUCCGCCGCCUGCCUGCAUUCACCAUCUCCCACCUGGAGAGCCACCGGGAGGGCCUGCGCAACAGCAUCAUGGACUUGAGGUCACGAGUUGACUCUAAGACUCUAACCCGUAACACCAGGAUCGUUGCUGAGGCAUUGACUCGGGUCAUCUACAACCUCACUGAGAAGGGGGCACCUGCUGACCUGCAGAUCUUCACAGAGCAGAUGCAGAUCCAGCAGGAGCAGCUGGAGUCCGUGAUGGACUGGCUGACCAGUCAGCCCAGAGCGGCCCAGCUUGUAGAUAAAGACAGCACCUUCCUCAACACCUUAGAAUAUUACAUGAGCCGCUAUCUGAAGGAUGUCAAGCAGCAUCAUGUGAAGGCAGAUAAACGGGACCCUGAGUUUGUUUUCUACGACCAGUUGAAGCAGGUGAUGAACGCAUACAGGGUCAAGCCAGCAAUCUUUGACCUGCUCCUGGCUCUCUGUAUAGUAGCCUACCUCGGAGUUGCCUAUGUUGCAGUCCAGCACUUUGGUCUCCUUUACAAGACGGUACAGAGGUUAUCCCUUAAAUCCAAGCAGCAGUGAAGUGACAAAUCACCAACCCAUCGAGCAGCACUGAGCCACCGGUGAGCCCAGAAGGAGCUUCUGCCUUCCACUGGCUCCUGCCAUUUCUCCCUCUCUCCUCUAACCCUCCUGGAGGAAAGCAGAGAUUAACAGAACUUCCAACUCUUGUGCACCUUCUUUAGGUCUCCCCCCAACUUGCCCAUUUUCCUUCAUUUUGUGGCGAGGGAGAUGUGCAGAGACUUGGUCAGUCCCUGCCGAUUGUUUAAACACUGAAUGGCUGAUGUAAAGUUUCCGCCGAACAAGAGGUUUCUGUAAGUGUGAAGGUGCUGAACCUGGUUUCACAGACAUGUGCCAUACAACCAGCUUGGAGGCUGAAUCCAUGGGGCGAAGGGACGGACAGCUCUGCCCACCCAACUGGACUCAGAGCACUCGGUUUUUUUUUUUUUUUUUUUUUAAAUGUGCACAUGUAAAUUAAAAGAUAAUUAUUAGCACGUUUCAUACUGCACCUCUUCCUUCAGCUCCCUCCCUGGCACCAGGAAGGGAGCGCUCAGCAAGCAGUGUCUUCAGCAAACCGCUUAUUGCAUUUUCUCUGGACAGUGCAAUAACCGGUUCUCUCUUUGGAAGUGCACUGUAAACGAUCUUGACUGUUAAUCUGAUUGGGAAAUGGGAAAGGAUCAUUAACUGGCUGCCACAGUAGGAUUCCUUCCAUAGCAUGUUUUUCUCCCUCAGCUGGAGGCUGCAUUCCGCUAUGCCCAGGUUCCUUUGAGGUUUAUAUCCAUCAGUUUGAUGCGGUCUCCACUCUGUGCUUAACUCUCACUCAUGUGGGCGGGUGUGUUUCCCUUUUUUUUUUUUUUUUUUUUUUAAGGGGUUUCUAAGUUUAUAGUUGCUGCAGGAUCAGGUCUAAAGCCGUUCUGUAUAUUUAAACAGUUUGAUGGUUAUAGUAAUAAUAUAAGCAGGAGUGACCUAGUUCCUGCCAUGAUCUCUGGUCCGUAAUCCAUUCGCUUCCAUUCCUUUCUCUUUCCACUUGCAGUUGGGCAGAUUUUAGUCCUGUUCACCUUCAUCUCAGGGUCUUGUUUAGCAUUUCUCCUCACUAUUGUUUAUAAAACACUGGUCCUAGCCUAAUAUUAUUGGUAACGUGCCAAGACUCUGUUGUUGCUUCCUUUACAUGCACCCUGUGGUAUGUUUGGAGGGAGGUGGGAUGUUAGUGAUUUUUUUUUAAGAAGGUUUUAUGAAAAUGUCAUUAAACGUUACUGUUUCCAGAUUGUAGCUAAGAGCACGUGUUACAGCUGGA